AGUACUGGUAGCUAGACUCGCAACAGAUAUAGAGAGAGAGAGAGAAAUGGGUAGGUGUUGUUUGGUUUUUUUGCUUGUUCUAGCAUUCGUGCAUGCAAAUGCACGUAAUGUACCUUCUUCUGAUCAUGCAGGUCUGAUCAGUGACCAAAAGAAUUUUAUUCAUCCUUGUCCACCAAAGGAAACUACUGUUGACGAUAACCUACCAAAUCAGCAAGUAUUUGUGCAUGCGAGUGCUACUGCACCAGUAAUGGCCGAGUCACCCGCAAGCACUGGCCUUAAAGACAAAAAGAAUUUCAUCUAUGGUGGUGUAGGUGGCUUUGCCGGAAUGGGUGGUUAUGCCGGCGUUGUUGGUGGAUUUCCGGUUCUUGGUGGAGUCGGUGGAAUUGGGAAGUAUGGUGGAAUUGGAGGAAUUGGUGGCAUAGGUGGCUAUGGUGGUCUUGGUGGUACAGGAGGAGGUCUUGGUGGUAUGGGUGGUUUAGGUGGUGGUGCUGCUGGUGGUGCUGCUGCAGGUGGAGGUACUGGUGGUGCAGGCGGUACUGGUGGUGGGAUUUUCCCAUGCCCUUAAAUGAUAAGACUAUCGAUCGAGCUGAUGUUUGGAUGUUUUAGGGUUCUGUCUUGAUUAGUUAGUGUUGAUAUUAUGUAAUGUUUGUGUUUAGUCGUGGUACUAUGUGUUUUAAUCUGCUUUGUUGAGCAGUAGUCUCUUUCGAAACAGUCGGUUAAUUUGUAUCUUUAUCGCUGUGUUUUGCUUAUUUCUCGUCUCAAAUGCUAAAUUGUUGUUUCCUAC